ACUCAGCUAAAGGACGUUUAAAAGAGCAGUUACCACUUGAAGAUACCAAGUAGACUAGCAAAUCAAGUCACUUCCUUACCCUGAAAUUUUGACUCGAUGAUCUUAAUUUUCACAUUUUACAACGAUUUUUUUUUUUAGCUUUGGAAGAUUUGGAGCAAUUCCUAUCAAAAUCCAGCAGAAGUGAUUGCCAGAUGAGAAACGGCAGCAAGUAAACAAAUACGAAAGGACUCCAAACUCCACCCACUUCAAGUCGCUCUAACCAAACCUGCUGCCUGCCUGCCUCUGCAGCAGUCAGACCCUGCCUGGACCAUGGCGGUGAUGCAGACUCCAGGAGGCCCCAGCCCCGGGCAGACCUGUGUGUUGAUCCUGAUCUUCACAGUGCUCCUGCAAGCCCUCUGUGUGGCCUUGACUUACGUGUACUUCACCAAUGAACUGAAACAGAUGCAGGACAAGUACUCCAAAAGCGGUAUAGCUUGCUUCUUAAAGGAAGAUGACAGUUUCUGGGAUCCCACCGAUGACGAGAGAAUGCUCAGCCCCUGCUGGCAGGUGAAGUGGCAGCUACGUCAGUUUGUGAGAAAGAUGAUUUUGAGAACCUAUGAGGAAACCAUUUCUACAGUUUCAGAAAAGCAACAAGGCAUUCCUCACCUAGAAAGAGAAAAAGGUCCACAGAGAGUGGCUGCUCACAUAACUGGAACCAGUAGGAAAAGAAGCACAUUUCCAUCUCUAAGCUCCAAAUAUGAAAAAGCUUUGGGCCAGAAAAUAAACUCCUGGGAAUCAUCAAGAAAAGGACAUUCAUUCUUGAAUAAUUUUCACUUGAGGAAUGGAGAGCUGGUUAUCCAUCAAACAGGGUUUUACUACAUCUAUUCCCAAACAUACUUUCGAUUUCAGGAACCUGAGGAAAUUUUGGGAACGGUUUCUACAGAAGGGAACAGAAAGAAAAACAGGCAAAUGAUACAGUAUAUUUACAAAUGGACAAGCUAUCCUGACCCUAUACUGCUGAUGAAAAGUGCUAGAAAUAGUUGUUGGUCUAAAGAUUCAGAAUAUGGACUCUAUUCCAUCUAUCAAGGUGGAAUAUUUGAGCUUAAGGAAGAUGACCGAAUUUUUGUCUCUGUUACUAAUGAACAACUGAUUGACAUGGACCAAGAAGCCAGUUUUUUCGGGGCCUUUUUAAUUGGCUAAAUGAUCUGCAGGGAAAAAAACCAUGCCCCAGAGUGACUAUUCAGAGUCGUAUACUGUGAAAAUAUUCCAGCAGAGCCAAUAGGUUAAGGCAGCCUGAGCAAAGAGGCCUCAACCCAAAGGCUCAACAACACAAGCUUUUUUGGAAAGUGAAAAGUGACCAAUUCCUUCCAGGAAAAUGAAACUGCCAAGAGACCUUGUGGAGCUCUGCCUGAUGUCAUUUUGCUAGUAAACAUCUAGAAGAUACUCUGUCUCCAAAUUUGUGUAACAAUUAACACCUCCUGCCUUUAUCAUCUAAUCCUGUGAAGAUUCUAGAAGAAAGAGUAGUGAUCCAUCUCAGGUGGGAAUAAGGGACAACAUUCCCAAAACUAAAGAGAAAAGGGCAGCACUGAAAGGUCACAGUCAAUAUAUGCAGUUUCAGUACAAACAUAACAAAUUAAAGCUACGUUUAGUGGACAAGGAGCUACUUCUGAAUGGUUUGUGCUUUUCUCUACUAAAAAUCAGGCUGGCCAAAAGCACUCAGGGUAUUUUUGAUAAAGGACUCUAAAAUAAGUGAUAAAGUAUGGCGAUACCUCAGAAAACUAAAUACAGAACUACCACAUGACCCAGCAAUCCCACUCCUGUGCAUAUAUCUGGACAAAACUUUCCUUGAAAAAGAUACAUUCAUCUCUAUGCUCAUUGCAGCACUAUUCACAGUAGCCAAGACAUGGAAACACCUAUAUGUCUAUGAAUGGAUGAAUAGAUUAAGAAGGUGUGUUAUGUAUACAUAAUGGAAUACUACUCAGCCAUAAAAAGGACAAAGUAGUGCCAUUUUCAGGAACAUGGAUGGAACUAGAGACUCUCAUACUAAGUGAAGUAAAUCAGAAAGAGAAAGACAAAUACCAUAAUAUCACAUAUCUGGAAUCUAAUAUGUGGCACAAAAGAACCUAUCUACAAAAAAGAAACAAACUUAUGGACUUGGAGAACAGACUUGUGGUUGCCAGGGGGGAUGGGGAGGGAGUGGGAAGGACGAAGAUGAAAACUAGAUGAAAACUAUUGCAUUUGGAAUGGUUAAGCAAGGAGAUCCUUCUGUAUAGCACAGGGAAUUAUAUCUAGUCACCUGUGAUGGAAUAUGAUGGAGGAUAAUGUCAGAAAAAGAAUAUAUAUAUGACUGGGUCACUUUGCUGUACAGUAGAAAUUGACAGAACAUUGCGAAUCAACUAAAAAAAAUUUUUUUUGUCUUUUUAGGGCACACCCAUGGCAUAUGGAGAUUCCCAGGCUAGGGGUCCAGUCGGAGCAGUAGCUGUCAGCCUAUUCCAGAGCCACAGCAACAUGGGAUCUGAGC